CAUAGGGCCAAGGUCACUGAGCAACCGACCGACACGCGUUGCGUGCCUCAAGCCAAAGGAGCAGCCCUAAUGGCGUGUUAGUUCUCUGGACCUUAGCACUGUCCCGAUCAUGUGUCCACCCAUGUGUGGAUAGGCCGAAUGCAUUGGCCUGACCCAGCCUCUGACUCACCCUACUCUUGGCCAAAUAGCUGAAAUCCUACGCUAUCACAACUUCAGGUUUCCUCUGCCUCUGGCGAUUGAAGUCCCUCCCUAAGUCACGCCUAAGACUUACAGCUGGGUGCUACAGGGGCCCCCAGAACAGGGACUACCUUGGGAGAUCCCGGUACUGGGAACCGCGAGCCAUCUCUCCCAGGUCCCCGCUUCUCUUAGCCAUGGCUCCCAAGCGCAAGCCUGCUGUGCGGGGUGUGGGCCCUGAGAAAAAGAAGGGACGGCAGGAGACAGAGGAGGACAGCUUCCACUCCACGGCUGAAGCCCUCAGGGCUGCACCCACAGAGAAGCGCGUAGCCCGGGUGGACGCCGAAUGUCCCCUCAGCCACAGCCCCGGGACCCAGGUGCUCGGCGACUACGACUGCACCCUGAACCAGACCAACAUCGGGAACAACAACAACAAGUUCUACAUCAUCCAGCUGCUGGAGGACGGGGACCGCUUUGCCUGCUGGAACCGCUGGGGCCGCGUGGGAGAGGUGGGCCAGUCAAAGCUCAGCCACUUCGAGUCACUGGAGGAUGCAAAGAAGGACUUUGAGAAGAAAUUUCGGGACAAGACCAAGAACAGCUGGGCAGAGCGGGAGCGCUUCGUGGCUCACCCCGGCAAGUACACGCUGAUCGAAGUGCAGGGAGAGGACGAGGCCCAGGAAGCUGUGGUGAAGGUUGACGGAGGCCCGGUGAGGACUGUGGCUCAACGGGUGCGGCCCUGCUCCCUGGACGCAGCCACACAGAAGCUCAUCACCAACAUCUUCAGCAAAGACAUGUUCAGUGACGCCAUGGCCCACAUGAACCUGGAUGUGAAAAAGAUGCCCCUGGGAAAGCUGAGCAAGCAGCAGAUCGCACGGGGCUUCGAGGCCUUGGAGGCCCUGGAGGCGGCCCUGAGAGCGCCCACGGCUGCCGGCCGCGACCUGGAGGAGCUGUCCUCCCACUUCUACACCGUCAUCCCCCACAACUUCGGCCGCAGCCGGCCCCCGCCCAUCAACUCCCUGGAGCUUCUGCAGGCCAAGAAGGACAUGCUGCUGGUGCUGGCUGACAUCGAGCUGGCCCGGAGCCUCCAGGCGGCCCCCAAGGAGGAGGAGAAGGUGGAGGAGGUGCCGCACCCGCUGGACCGAGAUUACCAGCUCCUCAAGUGCCAGCUCCAGCUGCUGGACCCAGAGGCGCCUGAGUACAAGGUGAUCCAUACCUACUUAAAACAGACCGGCAGCAGCUACAGGUGCCCCGCUCUUCAGCACGUUUGGAAAGUGAACCGAGAAGGGGAGGGAGAUCGGUUCCAGGCGCACUGCAAGCUGGGUAACCGGAGGCUGCUGUGGCAUGGCACCAACGUGGCGGUGGUGGCUGCCAUCCUCACCAGUGGGCUCCGCAUCAUGCCGCAUUCUGGUGGCCGUGUGGGCAAGGGCAUCUACUUUGCCUCGGAGAACAGCAAGUCAGCUGGCUACGUUACUGGCAUGUCCACCGGGGCCCACCGCAUCGGCUACAUGUUCUUGGGUGAGGUGGCCCUUGGCAGAGAGCACCACAUCACUAUGGACGAGCCCAGCUUGAAGAAGCCACCCCCUGGCUUUGACAGCGUCAUUGCCCGAGGGCACACGGAGCCUGAUCCGGCCCAGGACACCCAGCUGGAGCUGGAUGGCCAGCGAGUGGCGGUGCCCCAGGGCCAGCCUGUGCCCUGCCCGCAGUUCAGCGGCUCCUCGUUCUCCCAGAGCGAGUACCUCAUCUACCAGGAGAACCAGUGCCGCCUGCGCUACCUGCUGGAGGUGCGCCUCUGAGCUGCAGGCCCGCGCUGCCGCGCCCCCGGGCCCCGCUAGGAGAGUCCGUGUGCCUCCACCUGCCAGCCCAUCUGUCACCCCCAAGUCACCCCUCCUUGCUCCCGGACCUUCCUGCUGUGCCCCAGGCGGUGACCGCUGCUCCCUGCCCAACCCGGGCAGGGCGGUGGCCCCGUAGUCCUGCCCCCGAGACGGAUGGGUGUGGUGGGCGGGCCGUGUCGCUGGGACACGGAUGCAUCUGCUCAAGGCCAUGCGGUGUGCGGGGCACAGGCUGAGAGCAGGUCGGACCCCGUGCCCACCCAGGCCGUCCGCCCCGGCCCAGGCUGCGCAUCCGAGGGCGGUGAUCACCGCUGGAGGCUGAACCUCAGCGUGCAACGCAGCCUUAUUAAACACUGUCU